GAGAUGUUUUGCAUUCAAGAUGAGCUUGUCAGAAAAUAAUCACCUCUGCAAGGGAUGCCUCUGGCAGCCUGGGGCAGUAAAGGUCCAUGAUAAAAGCCAGCCCAGCUCCUCACUCUCUCAUCCACUUCUCUUGCCUCCAUCUCCUUGGGAGUCAGGUGCACCUCCAGCCCCAAGACAUGUCCUGCUGUGAUCAGUGCCAGCCCUGCCAGCCCUGCGGCCCGACCCCGCUGGCCAACAGCUGCAAUGAGCCCUGUGUCAGGCAGUGCCAGAACUCCACCGUUGUCAUCCAGCCCUCUCCUGUGGUGGUGACCCUGCCCGGCCCCAUCCUCAGCUCCUUCCCGCAGAACACCGUUGUGGGCUCCUCCACCUCUGCUGCUGUUGGCAGCAUCCUCAGCUGUGACGGAGUGCCAAUCAACUCUGGGUGCUGUGACCUCUCCUGCAUCACCAGCCGCUACUGUGGCAGAAGGUGCCCCCCCUGCUAAAGAUGCUGGCAACGGCCUCCCAUAAGGACUCCUAGGAACCCAGAAGAUGCUGCUGGACAGAGGAUCAAAAUUCAUGCUGUUGUUUUCAGACUAGCUGGUCACCUCUGGCUUGCCCUGCAAGGGCAGCGUGGAAGGGACCAGCCUGGGCUCUCUGAAAACAUGGCCAAUGUCUACCUUUCCUCUCUUCCACUCACCCUUUCUCUCCUUCCUUUGUUGUCUUGUGCUCCCCUCAAAGCCUGCUGUGAGGACCCCAGAAACCAGCCUGGAGUGACCUGCUAGGCUGCCUCCUUUUUGCCAGGCAGGUCAACAAAUGGCCGGUGGCAACUCUGCCACAGGAAAAGGGGAACAGAUUCUUGGCUGCUCCUGCUCCUUCCUGCACUGGGGGCCUCCCCUUGGAGUGACCUCAUUUCCCUCUUUAGAGUCAUUAAAAAAUUGCUGCAACC